GUGCCUCCAGUCCUCAUUCAAUCAGCUGCAGUGACUCAGUUUGUGUCUCUGACAACUUAUUUCAAACUUUUAAAACUUUUAAAAACAAUGGAGCAACAAGGGGAUAACGACAGAGCAACUUUCAGGAGCGACCAGCGCAGAGCUCCGCGCACUCUGCAGCUGGUGGCCGCGGUGUCCGGGAUCCUCUGCCUCGUCCUGGGGUUGGUCAUCAUCGUCUUCAGCACAUCGGACACGUCCGGACAGGACCUGCAACACGCGACGGCGCAGAACCUGCAGCUGCGGCAGGAGCGGGACGACAUGAGGAGACGGGCCGAGGAGCUGAGCAGAGAGAGGGACAGACUGAACUGGACCAUCGGGGUCAUCCUCCAGCACCGAACCUUCCCGGUGAAAACCCACUGUCCAGGGGGGGUGUGUAGAACCUGUCUGGACGGCUGGAUACCUUUUCAGUCCAGCUGUUACUGGUUUUAUGAAUCUAACCGAUCCAUAAAUUGGGAGUCGUGGCAGGAUAGUCGUGAUCAGUGCAGAGACGUGGAGGCAGAUCUGGUGGUGAUCGAAAGCUCGAGGGAACAGGAGUUCAUCAACAACCACACGAAGGCCUAUGACGAUGAAAAGCACGGCUACUGGAUUGGGUUGAGCAAAAUGAACGACGCGGGCACGUGGAUGUGGGUCGACGGAAGCAACGUCACUCUGAAGUACUGGACAGCCGAGCCGGGCUACAAGGUGUCCUGUGCUCUCAGUUUACCUCGGGCCGAUCCUCAAGCCAACUGGAAGAGGUCGAGCUGCUACAUGUGGAACCGCUGGAUCUGUGAAACAAGAGCCUUGAACAAACCGGAUUAGGAAGCAGCUCUUCAUCGAAUGUUUUCAAAAAAGAAACCUGACUUUUGUCACUUGACUUGUGUUUUCAACCGGUGUUGUGUUUACACGAGAGGAGAAAAAGAUGAGGAAGAAAAUCUCUUAAUUCUGUGAAUCCCUCUGCUCUCUCUCUCUAAUUCCACAAAGGCCUGUGUGUGGAGCUCAAACUGUAACUAUGGAAGUUCACUGGACAUGUGACACGUUCAGUAUAAAUAAAGGUUUA